AUGCAGACCCUCAGCUCUCCAGCUGGUCGUAUCUCAGUACCCAGACUCCCCUUCUCCUCCCUCCCCAGAUCUCUCUUCUUCUACAGCUGGGCGUCAGACGCGAGUCUGGAGGGGAGGACGGCCAUAGUGACGGGAGCUAACACUGGCAUCGGCAAGGAGACCGCCAGGGACCUGGCUAAGAGAGGAGCUCGUGUGAUCCUGGCAUGCAGAGACAAGACAAAGGCUGAGCUAGCAGUGAGUGACAUCACCAAGGAGGUGGGAGGAGCCAAGGUGGUCGCUGGCCAAUUGGAUCUUGCCGACACUAAGUCCAUAUGUGAAUUUGCAGAACAUAUCUACAAUACGGAAAAGGCUCUCCACAUCCUGAUCAACAAUGCUGGUGUGGCCAUGUGCCCCUACAGCACCACCGUGAAUGGCUUCGAGACACAGUUUGGCGUGAACCACCUAGGUCACUUCUUCCUUACGUUCCUCUUGCUGGACCUGCUGAAACACUCUGCCCCCUCGAGAGUCAUCAACAUCUCCUCGCUGGCUCACAUGAUGGGGAAGAUCUGCUUUGAGGACCUGAACAUGGAGAAGAGCUAUCAUCCUCUGAAGGCUUAUGUUCAGAGCAAGCUGGCUAACGUCCUUUUUACCAGAGAACUGGCCAAGAGGGCUGAGGCUCUAGGUGUGACAGCCUAUGCUGUGGACCCAGGCGUCGUCAACACUGAGUUGGUUAGGCAUCUGCAGCGCCCCCUGCAGGUGCUGAUCAGCCGGUUCAGCUACCUGGUGAAGACUCCUGCGGAGGGGGCCCAGACCUCCCUCUACCUGGCUGUCACCCCAGAGAGUGAGCUCUGCACUGGGGGGUACUACAGGAGCUGUGCUGAGGCGUUGUGUUCCAAGGCUGGUCUUGAUGAUGGUACUGCUCUUAAACUCUGGACCGUGAGCUGCCACCUGCUUGGGAUACGCUGGCGAUGAAGAGACACACACACACAUACAUGCACACACCCACGCACACAUAUAUGCAUGUAAGCAUACACACCUCCCUUGCAUCUCCCAAUCUCUCUCUCUCUUUCUCUCUCUUUUCUCUCUUGAGUGAUGUAUGAACAUUAAUUAAGCACACUUUUAUGAUGCAUGUUGUUCUUGUCUGUCAGUUUAAAGUUUGGGACAGUCAAGAUGCAGACUAGUAGAAGUCACUAGUGGCUGGUGUUAGGGUAGAACUUCAGAUACACUGUCGCUACAGUACAGUAAUAACAGUGUGACUGUGUGACAAGAUGAGAUGUAUUAUGGUGGUCUUUGGCAUCAAAUCGUUUAUCAAUACGUGUUCAGAGAGAAAAUGUUGGAUUGAGUGAAUCAAUGUAAGGAUUGAUAUGACAUUAAUGCAUGUUAGCUUCUGUCUUGUGUUCUGGACCGCGGUGAAAUAAAAAACGAGA